AUGAAGGGGGAUCUAUAUAAGGUUAAAUUUGGAAAGUCCGAGGACGAGAUUAAGAAUAAGACAGUGAACUUACUUUUUCCGUUUCUAUUCACACAGUCAUCGUUGGUUCUAGCCGAUGCCUUGAUAUACUGGCUUAAGGAGCAGGUUUCCAUGAGUUCGAAGGCUCACGUGGGCUUUUAUCUUACUAUCUUUUUUUUAGGCCUUGAUAAACCACUCGAAAAUGUUAAGCAAUGUAUGAGUAGCUUGGAGAGCAGGUACGGGGGAGCUGAAAUGCUUGAAGAGCUACAUAUUUCACUUACUCUUGCGGAUGGUGACACCUUUAUAUCUUCAAACGGUUCUCAGGAGUAUCUUGUAUCUACAGCUAAUGAGGCAUUUUGCAUCAAUGAAAAUGUGCCAAAAUUAAAAACUCUGCAUGAAUUUUUCUCGAACAUCGGUAAUCCCUCGUCUAAAGAGUACUUCAUGGAUAUAGUAAAGGAUCUUAUAAUUGGGGAUUAUUGCUUAAAAAAGCAUUUCAGUCACGUUGUACUUCCUUAUUCCAUGUCAGAACUCGCAAUUUCUACACUUUCAUAUACAGUUGGGGGAAGUGGUGAAAGAAUUGGGGCCGUUAUUGGUAGUAAAACUACAGAAGAGAAUUCAAAUACUUUUGAUUUUUUGUAUCCUCUUCGGGACGUUUUACAGUAUGAAAUAGAGAAGUAUACAGAUCUUUGUGGUACCUCAGGUUUCGUAAAUGAAAAUAAGGGGAAUGCCCUCAAAUCUGUUAGAAGCAAGUCCAUGAAUGAGUUGAUCGGUGGUUACUUCGGAUCAAUUCAAGGAGAAUAUCCAGAAGCAGUUUCCACUGUUGUUAAGAUAGCGUCUAAGCUCUCGGCACCUCCAAAUAAAAAAGAUUUAAGAAAUGCCAAAUAUGUCAUAAUGUUGUGCUGGACGAUCCAGAAAGAUGGAUUAAUGGACUUACAGUUCUUGAAGGCGUCCCACCAAGUAAUGAAGAAGAAAUAG